AUGACUACCUUCGAUAAUGAUACCACCAAUUACAACAAUUUUGUCAUAUUCAAUGUCAGUCAUCUAAAUCGCGCGUUAUCCACAACCUUCGUACUUCUUUGGUCAGUCUAUUUCAUAUUCUCCCAGAGCACUCCUUCUCAACCACCACCAGUAAUAAGGCAAUGGGCAUCAAUAAGUUUGCGUGGAAUCGGAGUGUCAUUACUGUUAUUUUCCAUGGCAUUUGAAAUUUUGGGAAAUUUGGUAGCAUACAGUAACAGUGAUAUUCGAAAUGCACCGUCAAUGCUUUCCGGAUCAUCUAAGGUCGCCUCGUCGAUGCUAUGGAUGUUCGCAUUGGGAUUUAAAUCCGUAACGUUGUUUAUUUCGAUUACUCGUUAUUCCCCAUUGACUAAUGCCCUUUCUAAAGAACCAAUAAUAUCGAACGCGCAAAAGAAAUUGUGUAAUUUUAUAAACAUAUUCAAUGGGUUCGUCUGUUAUCCUUCGUUCAUUAUCAUCAUCGUCGUAUUUGGCGAUAAUAAUGGCAUAAACUUAGCUCUCCUAAUUCCUUGCCUGCAUUAUAUCAUUCAAUUACUGAUCGUUGAAUUGAUGUUUCUGUCAUUGAAUAGAAGAAUGAUGACGGUAUUGAAUGAAGGUUUGUUGGUGGGAAGGCAGGCAAUACAACGAAUUAGAAAAUACCGGUCUAGGAAUUGGUUUAUCAUUGGUUUCCUGGUUAUAGAAAUACUUUCUUUACUCGUUUAUAGCAUCGAUCUAAUGAUGGACAAUGUCAUAAGCCGGAAUUUCACUUUGGCUGUCAUCAUGUUCGAAGUAAUAAGCAUAAGUUCAUCGUUGGUAUACGGAGCAAUCACUCUCAUCCUGGGUCCUCAUCAUAAAUCCACUCAGUCAAUGUUAAUCUAUGAAGGUUCUCCUAUAGCGUCAAUGAAUACUCCAUACCAAGGACACGGACAAAAUCACAGUCUAAGUGAUUUUACCAAUUCGAUGGUUGCCGGAGGGGAUAAUAAUUAUCACAAUCAGAGACGCGGUACAAGUUCCAUCCUUCCGGGAUUCACUUCGAUCCGAUUAAAAUCUUAUUUUCAGAGGCACAACGAUUCCGCUCCCCUUUCUUUCGUAUUUCCAAAACCACCUUCUCAAGCUCCCCUGAAUAAACUGACAAACGAUUCUUCGUCAGAUCGAUCAUAUUCUUCUAACAAUAGCGAUGAGAAACCGCCUUCCUCCAUUGAUACGAAUAAUGGAAUUAUUGUCAAUAAGAUUGUUAUUCACAGACCGGGGAACUCUCUAGAAUUCAAACAACCCGAGUUGGCUGUCAUUAAUGACAAUUCUGGGAAACCUGAUAGAUUCUCUGCCAUCUAUUUUUAA